UCGCAGCCGCCGUUACAGCCAGCCUCCCCACUGCCUGCUCCCUCUCCGUACACUGAGAAGUCCGGCGGUCUUACGGAGCGUCGUGAGCCUGCGUCUCGUCCUGUCUCGCCUGUUCGCACUGCUCGUCACGCUCCUCGUCCGCGUCCUCCUCCUGUUCCCGGCACGCACGCUAUGGCACUCCGUCCUUCCUCUGUUCCAAUGCGUGUUCCUCUGCCACCUCCUCCUGAGUCCUCUCUUCUUGAGGCCCCUGACCCUGAGUCCGACCGCGCUUGUGCUGCCAGUCCCACUGUCUCUCGUCUCCUUGCCACUGCUGUCACUGACCCUUCCUUUGAGUCUGCUGCUGCGUCUGCUCUCGUUGCUGAACUGCUUGACUUUGCUGCUGCCUGCCGUCUCGACUUCGCCACAGCUCUAGUUGCUGAGUCUGUGUCUGCCAGUCCUCCGUCCGUCGGGGGUGAGUGUGCUCUUGGCACGGACGUCCUUGAGGACAGGCAAGAGGACUUUGAGUGUCUUGCAGCUACUGUACCUCGUUUCGCUUCCAUGCUGCUUGCCCCUGAGGGAGACCCGAAUGCACCAGACAUCCCGACCCCGCGCUCUUACGCAGAGGCGAUUACGCGUCCUUACUCCUCUCAGUGGCAGGCAGCCAUGGAUGCCGAGAUGGCAUCCUGGAAGUCCACAGGCACCUACAUUGAUGAGGCUCCCCCACCUGGGGCGAACAUAGUCGAUGGCAUGUGGAUUUUCAGGGUGAAGCGGCCGUCGGGUUCUCCGCCUGCCUUCAAGGCGCGUUACGUUGCUCGAGGCUUCAGUCAGCGACAGGGAGUUGACUACUUCCAUACCUUCUCCCCCACCCCGAAGAUGACCACUCUUCGGGUGUUGCUGCACGUCGCUGCUCAGCUUGACUACGAGUUGCACUCCUUGGACUUCAGCACAGCUUUCCUGCAGGGCAGCCUGCACGAGGAGAUCUGGCUGCGUCGACCACCUGGUUUCACUGGGACGUUUCCUGCAGGUACCCAGUGGAGCCUCCGUCGGCCAGUCUACGGUCUCCGCUAG